UUUACAAUAUAGAUAGUAUUCAUAAAUAUGCAUUAUCUACCUUAAUUUCAGGACCAUCUAAUUAAUGUAAUAUUUUUUUUAUAAGAAAGUGCAGUGUUUUGAAAUUAAUUCUAUUUAAAUUUUUUGUUGAAUAAUGGCAAAAAAUUUGUCAGACAGCAGUGAUUUUUCUUCAUCGACAUCAGAUGAAGAGGAAGUACUUAAACAUAAGAGUAAAAAAUUGAAAGUUCUACAAGUAGAAGAUCGAGCUACAUCAAAGUUUUAUACUAAAGAUGAUAGCCAAGAAGAUCUUCCAUAUGUUGCUGAUAAUGUUUUUAAAGUUAAAAAAACAAAACAAAACAAAUAUAGAACAAAAUUUAAAUCCAAAAGCCAAUCAUCGUCUAAAUCUCAUGAAACUAUAGAUGAUUCAAAAGAAAUAAAGUAUGCUAACAACUAUGCUCCAAACAAUCUCGAAAAAUCAUAUUUAAAUAAUCCAGUUGCAUUUAUGAAGAGUGAUAUUAGUCUAGAACAUAAUAAAAAAAGAUUAUCUUCUUCUGAAGAUAGUUCAGAUAGUGAUAGUGUUGAUGGUUUUUCAAAGUAUGGGGCACAAUCAAAGACUGAACAAUCUGAUGGUGCUUCUUGUUCAAGAACAAUUGAUUCUGAUUCUAAUUUAUCAGAUGAUCCUCCUAAGAUGUAUGGAACUGUUGAAAAUAAUGAAAAGAGUAACAAGGGAAUGUCUUUAAUGAAAAAAGCUGGUUAUAAAGAAGGUGAAGGAUUGGGAAAAAAUGCUCAGGGAUUGGUGAAUCCAGUACAGUUACCUACUCAAAAAGGCCGUAGAGGCUUGGGUUUUGCAUCACGAGAACCAAGAGAAUCUUUUGUUUUGGACUGGGAUCCCGAACAAGAAGAAUCAACAGAUAUUUUAAAAGUGACUGAUUGGUUAGAAAAUGAAGAUCCAGCGUCAUUAUCAAUUGAUGUUAUGAAUUAUUGGUAUGAAACUGGUGAAAAAAAAUUAACAUAUAAUCAAACAACAGAGUUUGCAGAUUCAGAAAUUUUUAAAGUUGUUAAUUGUAGCAAGAAUGUUUUGGAUAAUAUUGAUGACCAUGAUUUCCGCCAUGCUAGAACUAAAGCAAAUCCAUUUGAGACAGUGAAAAAUGGUAUAUUCCAAAACCGAGCUGCAAUGAAAAUGGCCAAUAUUGAUUGGGCAUGUGAUUUUAUGUUCACUGAUCCUAGAUAUAGCGAUGGUUCAUCCAUGCUAACAAGUCCUAGUAGUUUACUUUAUUUUGCUGAUAUAUGUGCUGGACCUGGAGGUUUUUCUGAAUAUGUAUUAUGGAGAAAAAGUUGGAAAGCAAAAGGUGUAGGAUUUACAUUACGUAAUGCAAAUGAUUUCAAAUUGAAUGACUUUUAUGCUGGUUCUCCUGAGUCAUUUGAAGCUUUUUAUGGUCAUGAUGAAGAUGGUGAUAUCUAUAAACCAAAAAAUAUUCAGUCAUUAGAAAGGUAUGUAAUGGAGAUGACUGAGGGAAAAGGUGUACAUUUUGUUAUGGCUGAUGGUGGGUUUUCAGUUGAUGGCCAAGAAAGUUUUCAAGAAAUUUUGUCUAAACGAUUGUAUCUAUGUCAAGCCUUAGCGGCUUUAAGUAUUUUACGACCUGGUGGACAUUUUAUGUGUAAACUUUUUGAUAUAUUCACUGAAUUUAGUGCUGGAUUAUUGUACCUUUUGUACCAAAGUUUUAAACAAAUUAGUAUUUAUAAACCAGUCACGAGUCGCCCUGCAAAUUCUGAAAGAUACAUAAUAUGUAAGUGGAGAUUAGAUGAUAUACAAGAUAUAAAACAAUAUUUAUAUAGUGUAAAUUUAACUUGGAAUGGAUUAAGUUCAAAAGAAGAUAUUUUAUCUAUUGUUCCAUUGCAAGAAAUUCAAAGAGACUCUAAUUUUUUUAAGUACCUUUGGGAUUCUAAUAAUAAAUUAGGACAAAUUCAAGCAUUGAGUUUAUCAAAAAUUGUAGCUUAUACUAAAGAUCAACGUUUGGCUGAUGAAAGACAAAAAGAUCUAAAAAAAAAAUGUUUAGAAUUGUGGGAAGUAAAAGAUGGUGUAAGACGUGCUCCUUUUAGAAGUGAUCCUAAAGAUACUUGCAAUUCACUUAUAACUGGAUCAAAAGAUUUCUUACAGUCAUUACCAGAAUUUUUAAGCAAAGAAAAUUUACAGAAACAUGUAAAAUCUAUAUAUGACUGGCAUUGUGUUUUGCUCAACAACUCUAAACCUCCAACAUAUUUUCUGAGUUUAGGUGGUAGCCAGGUAUACGAAUUAGUUAAUAAUCAAUGGGUCUCUAAUGAAUAUUUAAAGAGUGUAAUGAUGAGCCCUGGCACACUUGUAUAUGGUGAACUAGCUAUUGAAUUAGAAGGUGAAGAUCUAGGACAACUUAGAGUAAGAGUAUUGCACAUUAUAGAUGCAUAUAAGCUUGGAAACAUUGAUAUUAGUAAUGAACAUUAUUUAUCAAGGAUAAAUUAUUGUAAAGAUUUUGCAAAGUCCAUGAAUAAAAUAGAAUCAGAUAAAACAAGAAUUAGAGUAAAGGAACCUGUUUACUUAGAAAACAUUCCAGAAAUAUUUGAAAAAAUUGACCUUAGAUGGUCAAAGUUUCAUCGUAAAUCUGUGAAGAUGUAUAUGUUGGAUAGUGAAAAAUAUUGUUGUGCUUCUGGAAUAUUAUUUAUUAAAGCCACAUUAAGUCCAUGGGUGAGAGCAUUAUCACGUACCUAUAAAACAAUGUAUUAUGGUCAUCCUACAAAAAAAGCUAUUUAUGAAGAAGGAAAUCCAAUUGCUGCGUACGCCCCUUUUAGGGACUGCCGUAUUACUAAUAAAAUAUGGUUUUGGAUGGAUGAAUUUGGAAAUCCGUUAAAAAACCCAAUUUUAGAACAAGAAGAUCUUGAGAAACUAAAGUAAUUCAGAAUUAUUUUGAAUAUUAUUCUUGUUUAUAUAAUUACAAAUGAAUAAUUUAUAUUUACAUGUAUAUUAAAGUUAGAUUGGUUAUUUUGACUGACUUAAACUGAAAAAUAAAAAUUAACUGAUAUUUU